UAUACAAGGCUUGGGCACGGGAUGUUUUUAUCUUUUUGUCGUUGGACUUGGCCGGUCAAAGACAUUCAGAAUGAGACAGAAAUAAAAGUGAUGUGGGGCUGUCGCGGUUAGCCGGCUACAAUACAGGAUAGAUACGGUUAACCUUAGGUGCUGCGUACGGGCAUCGCUUAUAAGACAGAGAUUACCUUUCUCUUAAGUACCUACCAGCUAGGCAAUCAGCAAUACAGGGAACUGACCUAAGUCUAUUCUUUAGCAAGAGUGUCAGAUGCAGAAACGAGUAUAAGGUUUGUUACAUCUAGAGAAUUUGGAGUAGUAAACGUUGGAGUUUUACCCUUACUGUAUUGUGCAGCUUUAAGAAGGUGCAUUACAUAAGGAAGUUUACACCGGAAGCAAUGAUAUCAGCUUCUAUUUGAAUUAAAGAAUUUAUUUUUUUCGAUUUUCAUGUUUAUUUUGCUGUUGUCUAAGGCAGGUUAAGUUGUAUUUCAGUCCGGGCCUUCGUUCAUGUAAACACUCCCUGAGUCAUCACCGUCCUGUUUGACCUGCUGGGCUGUUUGAUCUGAUCCGCAGAGGAGAUAGCGCAGCCAGGGUUCCCCGUGCUUCCCGCCGCCAUGUCGUACGGUAGGCCAGACAGCUACCGGGGGCAUCUGAAGCACUUCAGCUCCCUCAUACAGAUAUGCAGUGCCAACAUCCAGAGGAUCACACACAACACGGCUCAGAUUAAGAGCCUGGUGAACCAGAUUGGGACCAGGCAGGACACGAGUGAGAUGCGGGAGAAUCUACAGCAGCUACAGCAGAAUACCAACCAACUGGCUAAAGAGAGCAACCGACUUAUAAAAGACCUGGGCUCACUGCCGUUACCUACGUCUCCAUCAGAGCAGAGGCAGCAGAAGAUCCAGAAGGAGCGGCUAAUGAAUGACUUCACGGCCGCUCUUGGUAACCUGCAGGCUGAACAGCGCCGUGCCGCCCAGCGGGGGAAGGACUCCGUGGCUCGGGCACGAGCCGCUUCCCGCCUCUCUCAGUCAGAAGAUGGCAACCGUGAAGAUCCGCUGAUCUCCUUUGAAUACCAGGAUGCCUGGGGGCAGACGGGGGCCCAAACACAGGAGCCCUCAAUCACCGAAGAGGACCUGGAGCUCAUCAAGGAGAGAGAAACAAGCCUGCGGCAGCUGGAGUCAGACAUCAUGGAUGUGAACCAGAUCUUCAAGGACCUGGCAGUGAUGAUUCAUGACCAGGGCGACGUGGUUGUGGUGUGUUUAUGUGUGCCAGACAGCAUAGAGGCGAACGUGGAGAGCACACAGGUACAUGUGGAGCAUGCUGUGGACCAGCUACAUCAGACAGCCCACUACCAGGACAAGUCCCGUAAGAAGAUGUGCGUCCUGAUCCUGGUGCUGACGGUGGUAGCUGUUGUCCUGGCCAUCGUCAUCUGGCUGGCCACCAGCUGAACCAGCUCAUGGAUUUACCCACCUGGAUGUUGCACUAGGAGACCAACUCCUAUUGACCAAGACCUCUUUUUUGGAGAGGCGUCUGUCUAGGAUGAUUUGGUGUGGGGCUGAUGUGUUUUUUGGGGAGCGACGUGUAGCCCCUGUGACUGGGCUCUGGCUGUGGUUAAGGGGUGAGCUUUUCUUCCAUGAGCGAUUGAGAUUGUGGAUGGGGCUUUGAAUGUGAUGCUUUGGAUAAAAACGUCUGCAGCUGAGAAAUGUUUUUGUGAGUUAGGAGUGGGGAUUUUGGACUGAUGGGUGGUGAUGUUUAGAUAUUUUAAGGUAUGGUAUGUUAGACACCUGGGAAUUCUGUUUGGGGACUUAUUUAUGAAGUACUAUCCUAUAUGUAAAGUUUCCUUUACAAUAGUAAUAUACUGCACUAACCCUUAUUUUGCACUGCUUAUGGUCAACAAUUUUGUGUGUGUGUGUGUGUGUGUGUGUGUGUGUGUGUGUGUGUGUGUGUGUGUGUGUGUGUGUGUGUGUGUGUGUGUGUGUGUGUGUGUGUGUAACAACAAGCUCCUGGUCAUCUGAAGUUCUGUCAGGGGAUUGGCUAUGAUGUGGUUAUCCCUACAACUGGUGUGUUAUAGCGGAUACGUGAGCAUACAGAUUAAGAACAAUAGCUAGAUAUGAUUACAAUGGCAGCUUAACACAUUAGAAUGUCAGCGAUGAUUUAAUGCAAUAGUCAAUGAAAAUCUUCAUUCAGCGUUUUACAUUAUUACUGUCACUGGUGGAUGUUAUCGAAAUGCACUUCACAUGCUGGUCACGUGAUUAAUAAGAACUGUUUAACUGCAUAAUGAUGCUGCAAUCCACAAUGUACAAUUUUUAAAACAAUAAUAUUUCUAUAAUUAAACGCCACUAGAAUGGUUCAAGCAAA